UCAUGUGACCAUAGCCUACUAGCUCCCUGACGCGGAGAGAGCCGAGCAGUAGCCGAGUCUCCUUCGGCGUUCAAUCGGUGCAGUGUCGCCGCCGCGCUCUAUUCAAUCACCGGACAUGAUCACGAUAUGAAAAUCAGAGGUCUGCGGUGACGUUAGCCUCUGCUUACAGCUAGCCCCGAGAACCGAGAGAGAAGACCAGCUUGCUCCGAGGAAGCUGUCGAUGCUGGACUCUUUGAUCUCCCAGCGUUAGGAUCCACGAGGCUCGGACAGACGACACCACCCGACCCAACAUGAUGGCCUCCAGCGACGUGGACGUCAGAGGUGAAGGUUCUUUGUUUUCAGACCAGAACCCGUCAGAAAUGGACGCUCUGUGUCCCUCUCCUCCUGGACCAUCCAGACCCCAGCGUAACUACGAGAGGAUCGGAGGACAGACAGGAACAUCUUUUUGUCAGACUCUGAUCCACCUGUUGAAGGGGAACAUCGGGACAGGGCUGCUGGGUCUGCCUCUGGCUGUGAAGAACGCAGGUCUGGUGCUCGGACCGGUCAGUCUGCUGUGUAUGGGCGUCAUCGCCGUCCACUGUAUGAGGCUGCUGGUCAAAUGUUCCCAUCACCUCAGUGGAAAGGUGAACAGGCCGUCUCUGACCUACGGCGAAGCAGUGCAGUAUGGGAUGGAAAAUGUGUCGUGGCUGAGGAGACAUUCACAGUGGGGAAAACGGACAGUGAACUUGUUCCUCAUCAUCACUCAGCUCGGUUUCUGCUGCGUCUACUUCGUCUUCCUCAGUGACAACGUCAAACAGGUGGUGGAGGCAGCGAACGCCACCACCUUCAGCUGUCAUGUGAACAACACCAACCAGACCCAGAUCCUGGUCCCGAGCUUCGACUCCCGUCUCUACAUGCUGUGUUUCCUGCCCGCCAUCAUCCUGCUCGUCUUCACCCCCAACCUCAAAUACCUGGCUCCUCUGUCUCUGGUGGCCAACCUGGUGAUGACCGCCAGCCUGGUGCUCAUCUACUUCUACUCGCUCACGCACAUCACAUACCCCAUCAACCUGCCCAAGGUGGGCAGAGCUAAAGACUACCCUCUCUUCUUUGGGACGGCCAUCUUCGCCUUCGAAGGGAUCGGAGUGGUUCUUCCCCUGGAGAACAAGAUGCAGAGGCCUCAGAGUUUCUCUCUGGUUCUGUAUCUGGGGAUGGGCAUCGUCACCUUCCUCUACAUCAGCCUGGGAACCAUUGGCUACAUGUGCUUCGGAGCGCACAUAGGAGGGAGCAUCACUCUGAACCUGCCCAACUGCUGGACGUACCAGGCCGUGAAGCUCCUGUACUGCUUUGGUAUUUUUAUCACCUUCGCUCUGCAGUUCUACGUCCCAGCAGAGAUCCUCAUACCGCCGGUGGUGGCCCGGGUGUCAGAGAGAUGGGAGAUGGCCGUUGACCUCCUGCUUCGCACCGUCCUGGUCAUCUUCACAUGUGCUCUGGCCAUCCUGAUCCCGGAGCUGGACCUGGUCAUCUCGUUGGUGGGCUCGGUCAGCAGCAGCUUUCUGGCUCUGAUCUUCCCUCCGCUGCUGCAGAUCGUGACCUUUCACACCGAGGGUCUGUCUCCGCUGGUCACCGCCAAGAACGCCGCCAUCAGCCUGGUGGGGCUGGUGGGCUUCCUCACGGGGACAUACAUCGCCGUGGAGCAGAUCAUCACCCGUAAUGGACUCAAACACGAAGAGACGCUGUCCUCCUUCAUGGUCCAGUGAUGCCCCCCCCAGGGUUCGGGUUAGCCCCCCUCACCCCCUGAGGACAUUUAGAAACCAUUUUAGGGCACAUUUUAAUUCCUUUCUUCUUCGCUGCUGUUGGACACGGUGGCCAUUUUAGGUGUAAUGGACGUUGGUGGUGCUCGAUGUUGUGUUUGAUGAUGUCACUGCUGUGCUACGGUGGCCUGUAGUACUCACACUUCAUCACAUCCACACAGUGCAAUCUAACAUGAUCAUGGUGAGUAAUGUGGAGUAGGAGUGGAGGGUUCACAGGUACAGUCCUUAAUGUUUCAGUCAGAAAAUCAAACUACCUCACAAACUGGUAUCGAUUCGGUCCGUUCAUCUUCUCGAACCUGCCAUCUGUGGACUUCAACCCUCGACUCAACUCAACAUCGAGUCACUCAGACCUUUUCAGGUUUAACUCCCUCCAACUCAUUUAGAAUAAAAGAAAAAAACCCGACACAUUUUAUUUUGUUGCACUUUGAUUUUUGCCUUAUUCAAUGAGACAGCGCACUACUUUGAUUUAGACGAUGCAGCACACAACCUUUAAAUCACCCGUAACGUUAGAAAAGACCUGGAGCAGGGUUCAGGAUCAACCCGCUUCUCAGACAGGAACCAGGUCCAGAGUCAGAACGUGUUUCCUGUCAGAGUCCUCUCCUCCUCCAGAGGUGAAAACAGUUUGAUCAUGACUCCAGUGUCUCAUUAGAACAAAGUAAUAACAAGUCAAGAUAAAUGUUGUGUAAUGUUUGAGUGGAGCAGCAGGAGCAGGUGAUGAGAUACUGAAUGAGACGCUGGAGGAAACCUUGGCUUUUUCUGUGGUGACUGAAGUGAAGUCAAACUAAACAAGAAAAGGGAGGAAUCCUGAUCCUGGAAACCAGGAUUCAAUGAAUCAGAUCCACAUGAAGCCCAGAAACAGACACAUCAGAUUUUAGUAUUAGUGUUGAUGUGGGAACUCUUCUCUGUAACAACUUGUUCUUGUCUUUAAAUCUUUUAUUUUUUUUAUCCAGUUCUUCUUUUUAUGUGUUUUUAUGUUGGGAUGUAUUUACUAAGUUAAACUAACCACACAGUUUUAUUUCACUUUAAUUCCAGAGAGACGCUGCAUGUAACAUAAUGUAAUAUGUCUGUAAAAUAAACCGCGGUUUGAGUAAGAUUCAUCACAUGUUGUGUUCAUCAUGAAGCUGCAGAGCUGUUGAACCUCAGCUUCUCCUGUUUAAAGGAUUUAACAGCUCAACUUGUUGUAGUGAGUUUAUGAUGAUGAGAAGUUACCCAAAGACUAACGUCAUUAACCAGUUAAUCUACUGUUUAAAUUAAGAAGAAAAUCUCAACUUCCCAGAGCUCGACAGACUGGAUCCAUCAGAUGUCCUGAGUUUGUUCAAUAAAAGACGUCAGACACCA